AUGACUUCAACUACUGCUAGAACUAUUCAAAAAGUCGUCAAUGCCAUCCAACAACCAGAAGGGGUUGGGGCCACCGUUAGAAGAUCCAUCGGUAUUAUGAGUAAUCGUAAAUACAAUCCAUUUUUAUUAUUUGAUCAUUUCACUUCCAGUGGUUCUGAUGGUUUCCCUGAACAUCCUCAUAGAGGUCAAGAAACCAUCACUUAUAUUAUGAAUGGUUCCAUUGCUCAUGAAGAUUUCACUGGUUCCAAAGGGAUCUUAUAUGCUGGUGAUUUACAAUUCAUGACGGCUGGUAAAGGUAUUGUUCAUUCUGAAAUGCCAGUUCCAAGUGAAGAUGGUAGUCCAAGUGUUGGUAUUCAAUUAUGGGUCGAUUUACCUGAACAAUUGAAAGAUACUCCUCCUCGUUAUCGUGAUUUAAGAGCUUGGGAAAUCCCUGAAGUUAAUGAACAAGAUGGUAAAUUAAGAGUUAAGGUUAUUUCUGGAAAGAGUUAUGGAGUUGAAUCUUUAAAGGAUUUAGCUUAUACUCCAGUUAAUUAUUAUCAUUACAUUAUGAAACCAGGUUCAACUUUCAAACAAGAAUUUGAUCCAACUUUCAGUGUGUUUUUAUAUGUCUUAAAAGGUCAAUCAUUAUUAGUUAAUGAAAAAAAUGUUAAACAAUAUCAAAAUGCCUUUUUUGAAAAUGAUGGUGCAUUCGUAACUGGUCAAGUUCCAUCUUCCUCAACUGAUGAAGAAGUUGAAUUUCUUUUAAUUGGUGGUCAACAAUUAGAUCAAAAUGUGGUUCAAUAUGGUCCAUUCGUUGCUACAUCUCAAGCUAAAAUCCAACAAGCUUUCUUAGAUUAUAGUCAUGGACGUAAUGGAUUUGAAAACAUUAAGAAUUGGAGAACUUUGAUCUCCAAUGGGGUAACUCAAGAUAUGAUUGAUGGACCAUUAAAAGGUAGUAAAGAAUAUAGAGAUCAAUUAAAACAAGAUUAUUUAGAUAAAAUUGCUGCUGAAAAGAAAGAAGCUCCUGUUAAGGAUGAACUUUAG